AUGGAGGAUCAGGACGGAAAUAAACGUGGCUGUCAUGAUGAGGAGAGCAGGGUGGAGCUGGAAGAGGAAGGGGGCAGCGAUGAAGACAUGACGGUCGAUGGAGGCAUGGAGGAUUGGAAUGCCUUUAUUUCAACAAGGCCGACUCAGGAGGAAACAGAGAACGUGGAGGUGGUUUCUGAAUGUAAGCCCAGUGAUCCGGUGACCCCACAACAAGUCCUGCAGCUGAAAGGUUACACCCGGGAGUACCUGUGUUCACCAGAGGACAAUAUAUACAACGUGAACUUCUCUCACUUCAAGAUCAGAGAUCUGGAAAGUGGAGCAGUCAUCCUGGACAUAAAAAAACUUUGUCCAACAGAAAUUCAAGACAUCAUUCAAUAUGAUACAAGCAGAUUUAUCCAGUAUCACUUCUCUCCUGCUUUCCUGGCCCUCAGAGAGAUAGGAGCCACGUUGGAGUUCACCGUGGGCAGUAAGGCUCUGAGCCGCUUCCGUCUGAUUGAAAGACAUUUCUUCAGAAACCUCCUCCUGAAAACCUUUGACUUUGAGAUCGGCUUCUGCAUCCCAUACAGCAGAAACACCUGUGAGCAGAUCUACUGCUUACCUGAGCUGGAACCAAACAUCGUGGAGGAAAUGAUUGCCAGCCCAUAUGAAACUCGUUCGGACAGUUUUUAUUUUGUCAACAACAAGCUGAUCAUGCACAACAAAGCAGAAUACUCCUUUACCCCACAAAGAGAUAACACAUUCAUCUGUAAUAACAUAAAUAGUGUUGAUCAGUAA